AUGCUUCGCGACUCACCCGAAGACUGUGACCCCAGUUGUAGCUGCACGUGCCAGCCGGACGACCGGUACGGAAAGUCGACCCACGUGGAUUGUUCCAAGGCCAACCUGACGCGGACCCCCGAUGUGUUUCCGAGAGACGCCAGUGUCGUCGAUCUCAGCGGAAAUGGUCUGCGAACCCUGGGCAGCAGCUUGGUAGAUGGAGCGCCACACCUGGAGGCACUAGUGCUCAGCGAGAACUCUUUCUCGGAGCUGAGUCUGAAUGAGAUCCCGAAAAGCCUCAAGAGCUUGGACUUGCGGAACAACAGUUUCACGAGGUUCCCGACAGACGUCGUUGUUGGAUUGAAUUUGACGUCUCUGUGGUUGGCUGGAAACGAAUGGAUCUGCGACUGCGAGAGUUACGACUUCAAGCUGUGGGCCCAAGUUAAUCGCUUAGUGAUCCAGGAUGGCGCCUUGACCGUCUGCGCAGACGGAUCGGUCCCCCAAGCUCAAGGGAAGGCGAUCAUCAACUUGGGGCUCAGCGACCUCUGUCCGUCGGUCGCCUCAAAGGUCGUCUUUGCAGUUCCCGCCUUCGUGCUCUUAACAAUCAUAUUAAGCGCGGCGAUGAUCUACCUGAAGCGCUCGCGCCAGAUCAAAGUGUGGCUCUUCGCCAGAGGUCUUCUGUGCGUCCAGGAGAACGAUGUGGACAAAGACAAAGUCUUCGACAUCUUCCUCUCGUUCAGCAGCAAGGACUCCGACUGGGCCUACGCCAACUUAAUUCCUCGAAUAGAAAGUGAAGGGUUUUCGGUGUGUACCUACGACAGGAACUUCAAGGGAGGAUUCCUUCUAAAAGACAUGAUACAGGAGGCCGUGUCUUGUUCGCGUCGCACGCUGCUUCUCCUUACGCAAAACUUUGUGGAGAGCGAGUGGUGCCGGUGGGAGUUUCGAGUGGCACACCACAACGCUCUCCGGGAAAGGAUCAACCGUCUCAUCGUGGUCGUCACAGAAGACAUUCCCGACGACGUGGACGAGGAACUGCUCGUGUACAUGAAGGCUACCUGCUACCUCCGCUGGCGAGAAAGAAAUUUCUGGAACAAACUCAUGUAUUCCCUGCCGAGGAAAAGCUGUAAUGCCGAACCAGGAAGCGUUCCGCUCUCUAUAAUACCGGCCGACGAUGUUCGCGUUCCUCGUGCCCUUUGAAGUUUUCAUCCUUUUUUUUUUCUUUAAAUUAUCAACGGCAUCUAGUUUCCUACCUCAGACGUGUAUUCCACUAACCGUGUAUUCACACGAGCGACAUCCCCACGGA